GCAUGAACACCCACAACGCUUGACACACUUAAUCCGGAUGAGAGAACAUCAUCUCAUGCCUGUCCUUCUGGGGCGCCGUCUUCCAAGACCAGAUUGUGAUGGUGAGGAGUUUGAUGAUUGGAGUUGGGCGAUGCUCAUUUUGUUCAAGCCCUGGAGACGUCCCUCCAACUUGAGAUCUACAAACGAGAGUUGGACAGAAGCAUUUCAACGUUAUAAUUUCUCACCUAAACAUAAAAUGCUCAUGGCAAAUAUGAACAUUGAAAAUGAAUGCAAGGACGCAAAAGACCUAUACUCCCACGUCCGUCGAACAAACCCUCAUCAACCUGAACUAUUCACCGCAAUGGAUGGUAUGCAGCAUUCGGAUGACAUUGAGGGUCUCGGAUUCUCUGUUCUAAAUGACCCCUCCCUGCAAAUAAUGGG